AUGAUGAACACUACUCUUGAUUCAAAUCAAUCAAAUCUUAAGAAAACUGAUGAAACAUCUACUCAUAAAUUGUUGGAUGAACCAGUAUUAACAUGGCAUAUGACUUGUGAUGAUCGACAAAAAGAUGGAGUUGAUAAUUAUAAAGCAGUUACAACUGCAGUAUUACUUGAUCGUGUUAUUGAUAAUCUCAGUGCUGCAAAUAAAUUUUCUUUAACUUGUCAAAGUGCAGUCAAUGAUUCAACAACAGAUUUGAGUGAACAUUUUCUUAAAUGUGCAAGUAAAAAUCAUAAUUCAACAGCUGAUCGUUGUGAAUCAUUCCCAGAGCAAGUAGUCGAUCAUUUCAAUGUGGUAUCAACUGUUCCAAACACAACAAAUUAUGUAACAGCACAGGACAACCAACAACAUGAAAAACAUAUCAUAAUUAGUUAUAAUAGUUCAUCUCGUGAUAUAUGUCAAAAAAUAUAUGAUCGCCUUAUUGAAAAAAAUUAUAAAGUAUGGAUGCACUUAUCAGACAUGGGUGAUGAUAUUCUAGUCAGUAUGGCACGUGCUGUUGAAAAUUCAUAUAUAGUUCUUUUGUGCAUUAAUCAACAGUACUAUACGAGUGAAUAUUGUAGGCUUGAAGCGGAAUAUGCAACUGAAAAAAGAAUCAAAUGUAUUCCAUGCUUGAUGGAGAAAUCCUUUCAGACAGAGAGUUGGCUGGGAAGUAUUAAAGGUUCUAAUUUUCACAUCGACUUUUCGUCACAUGAUAAUUUUGAUCGAUCAUUUGAUGAAUUAAUUCGUCAAAUAACUUAUGUUGAAAAACGAUUAUCUUUACCACUUCGUCGUACUGCUACAUCUUGCUCAAUGAUUAACUCAAUACAAUCAGUACGAAUGUCUACGUCAGAUACAAUCAUCUCAAGCUUCACAAAUAAUGCGGAUUCACGUCGUUUCGAUGAUAUUGUUUGUAAAUAUAAGAAAUCAAUAAGUAAAGAACAUUAUGAAUUAAAUCAAUUACAACAAAAUGAAUUAUCAAGUCUUAUUAUAAAGUUACGUGAAGAAUUAUAUUGUGAUGCACCACAAGUUUUAUCAGAUAGUAAAAAGUCAGAUGACGUAAUUGAAAAGCAUCAUUGUGGUAAUAAUUGUUUGAAACAAACUCGAAACUUUCAUCAAAAUGAUAUAUUACGAUUAGUCGAUCGUUUAACAACACCAAAACCAAUGGAAGAGAACAAUUCAAAUAGUUUUUUUAUUGGAUGUUUUAAAAGUAUCUUAGGUGGUAUGGUUGUAUGUAUGCUUCAUAGAUGUAUCAUAAGAAAAUAG